AGGGAUGUGGAUAUUUGGGUAAUAUGCUUAUAUUACCAUGCACUGCACUAAGUGGAGGACCAAAAGCACCCAAAUUUUCAAGUGAAGUAAAAGAUUUUUUGCAUCUGAUUCUGGCUAUCCUUGUAUCCGAGAAAAUCAAUAAAUACUGAAGUUGAGUUCUUUGGCCAUCAUAAAUCCAACUGCGGCAACUCUCAAGAACCACCCUUGAUCCCCAAAACAAUAAUCCUGUCAAUAUGAGAGAGAAUGAAUGGCUGAACGGGUAUUUGGAGGCUAUAUUGGACGUUGGCACGUCAAGAAAUGGGACAAGAGAGGCAGAAAGCUGCAGUGAUGAUUCAGAAAGAGGCAAGCGCUAUAGCCUGAGAAACAGCAUAAAAAAGAAACUUGUUGAUGAGAGGUUGAAGUUGGAGAAGUUGGGAAUCCAGAAACAAAAGGAAGAAAAGAUAUUCAGUCCUACCAAGUACUUUGUUGAAGAAGUUGUGAAUAGCUUUGAUGAGGCAGACCUACACAGAACAUGGAUUAAGGUCAUAGCCACAAGGAGUUCUCGUCAAAGAAAUAACAGGCUUGAGAAUAUGUGCUGGCGCAUUUGGCAUCUUGCCCGCAAAAAGAAGCAGAUAGCUUGGGAUGCCACUCAAAAGCUAGUAAACCAGAGGCUUGAGCGAGAGAAGAGUCGUAGUGAUGCUGCAGCAGAUCUUUCUGAGCUCUCGGAAGAAGAGAAGGAGAAAGAGGAGUCUAAUCGAACCGACUCAGUUACAGACAUCUCAAGGAUAAAUUCCCAAACUCAGAUUUGGUCAGAUGACAAAUCUCGGCAACUUUAUGUUGUUUUGAUCAGUCUUCAUGGGUUGGUGCGAGGAGAAAACAUGGAACUUGGACGAGACUCUGAUACAGGUGGUCAGGUAAAGUACGUAGUCGAAUUGGCUCGAGCUCUAGCAAACAUGGAUGGUGUGCACAGAGUCGAUCUUCUGACGCGACAAAUCACAUCCCCGGAGGUGGACUCCACCUACGGAGAACCAAUUGAGAUGCUUUCAUGCCCAUCUGAUGGAUUCGGCAGCUGUGGUGCCUACAUUAUUCGAAUCCCGUGCGGGCCUCCUGAAAAGUACAUCCCCAAAGAGUCACUCUGGGCUUACAUACCGGAAUAUGUUGAUGGAGCUCUCAGCCACAUUAUCAACAUGGCAAAAGCUCUAGGAGAUCAAGUCAAUGGUGGAAAACCAGCAUGGCCUUAUGUCAUUCAUGGCCACUACGCAGAUGCGGGGGAAGUGGCGGCACGCUUAUCUGGUGUCCUAAAUGUGCCAAUGGUGUUUACUGGGCACUCCUUGGGCAGGAACAAAUUGGAGCAGUUACUUAAACAGGGUACGCUUUCUAGGGAGGAUAUCAACACCACAUACAAGAUAACGAGGAGAAUUGAAGCGGAGGAGUUGGGGUUGGAUUCUGCUGAGGUGGUAGUAACAAGCACGAGGCAAGAGAUUGAAGAGCAGUGGGGUCUGUAUGAUGGAUUUGACAUCCAGUUGGAAAGGAAACUUAGGAUUAGGAGACGGCGAGGAGUAAGCUGCCUUGGAAGAUACAUGCCGAGAAUGGUGGUUAUACCACCAGGCAUGGACUUCAGCAGUGUGUUAGCACAAGAAUCAUUAGACAGCGAUGGAGAUCUCAAAUCAUUAAUUGGUAACGACAAGAUCCACAAGCGACCUAUACCUCCGAUAUGGUCCGAGAUUAUGCGUUUCUUCACAAAUCCUCACAAGCCCAUGAUACUAGCAUUAUCUCGUCCAGAUCCAAAGAAAAAUAUCACCACUUUACUGAAGGCUUUUGGAGAAUGCCCACCCCUUCGUGAACUGGCAAAUUUGACGCUGAUACUUGGUAACAGAGACAGCAUUGAAGAUAUGUCCAACAGCAGUUCAUCUGUUCUUACCACUGUACUCAAGCUCAUUGACAAGUAUGACUUGUAUGGUCAGGUGGCGUAUCCAAAGCAUCACAAGCAACCAGAAGUUCCUGAAAUAUAUCGUCUAGCAGCCAAAACUAAGGGAGUUUUCAUCAAUCCGGCCCUAGUAGAACCAUUUGGUCUCACUCUCAUUGAGGCUGCAGCUUAUGGAUUACCCAUUGUUGCCACCAGAAAUGGCGGACCUGUGGAUAUACUGAAGGCACUCAAUAAUGGUCUGCUUGUUGACCCGCAUGACCAGAAAGCCAUAUCAGAUGCUCUUCUGAAGCUUGUUGCUGACAAAAACCUCUGGCAUGAGUGUCGGAAAGUUGGCCUGAAAAAUAUCCAUAAGUUUUCAUGGACAGAGCACUGCAGUAACUACCUCUCGCAUGUCGAGCAGUGCAGAAAUCACUACUCAACCAAUCAUCUUUCCGUUGUGUCAACUCCUGAGGAGCCACUAAGUGAAUCACUCCGUGGCAUUGAAGACCUUUCGUUAAAGUUUUCCAUCGAUGUAGAUGUAAAGGCGAAUGGUGAACUUGAUAUAACUAGCAGUGAGCAGAAAGUCAUUGAUGUUCUAUUGCAAAAGGCGACUUCUAAAGGAAAAACCAUCGAUAUUUAUUUUCCAGGGAGAAGGCAAUGGCUGUAUGUAGUAGCUGCAGACAGUUAUAACAGCAAUGGAAGUCCCACUGAGGCAUUACCUUUGAUUAUCAAGAAUGUUAUGCAGGUUGGAGGAUCCAAGUCUAACCAGAUAGGUUUUGUAUUAUUGACAGGUUUGAGUCUGACAGAGACGAAGGAUAUGCUGACAAAUUACCAGGUAAACCUAGAACACUUUGAUGCACUGGUUUGUAGCAGCGGAAGCGAAAUGUACUAUCCCUGGAGGGAUUUUGAAGUAGAUGAAGACCAUGAAUCCCACAUUGGUUACCGUUGGCCAGGCGAAAAUAUUAAAUCCAUGGUAAUGAGGCUUGCACAGAUAGAAAGUGGUCCUGAGAAUGAUGAUAUGCAACUAAGUCAAUGUAGCUCACGGUGCUACUCAUAUAGCAUUAAACCAGGAGCCAAGACUUGUAAAAUUGAUGAACUAAGACAGAGGCUACGCAUGAGAGGCCUGCGGUGCAACCUAGUUUAUACGCAUGCUGCAAAAAGAUUAAAUGUGAUACCAUUAUUUGCAUCAAGAUCCCAAGCUCUCAGAUACUUAUCAGUUAGAUGGAGUAUUGAACUUCCCAAAAUGGUGGUAUUUCUGGGGGAAAGAGGGGAUACGGAUUAUGAAGAGUUGCUUGGAGGUCUUCACAAGACUGUUAUUCUGAGAGGUUCUGUUCAUUAUGCAAGUGACAUGAUUGGGCAUGGUGAGGAGUCCUUCAAAACGGAUGACAUAGUUUCCCUGGCGAGCAAAAAGAUAGCUCUUGCAGAGGGCUUUGAAGUUCAUGACAUCUCCAAAGUCUUGGGAUAUAUUGGAAUCAUGUGACCUCUCAGUUUAACUGUGUUUCUUUAAAUCAUAUAUGUGUUCUUAUUGUGCUCUGGGUUCUUGAAGCUUAUGACAUUUAUGUACAAUUAAAUGGAAGUUCUAAACAUUAAUACCACUUGAGUUUAUAA